UUUGAUUCCACCGCCCAUUUUAACAAUAACGUUGCUUUUUAUUUGUGUAAUGAAGACUUUGAUGGUUUAAAUCUUUCAAAUUACAAGAAGUAUAUUGUGUAUAACUAAUGUCAAAAAAUCUGAAGGAUAUUUGUCGAAAAGUAGUGGCAGUUGGACGAAACUAUGCAGACCAUGCAAAAGAAUUGGGAAAUAAAGUUGAACCUUCACCUGCUAUAUUUUUAAAGCCUUCUAGUUGCAUCAUUGAAAAGGGGAAAAUUAAAUUACCAAAUGGGGCCAGUGAAGUCCAUCAUGAAGUCGAACUUGGUUUGGUAAUUGGGAAAUCACUGACAAAUGUCAAAGCAGAAGAAGUUUAUUCAGCAAUAUUAGGUUAUGUGGUUGCGUUAGAUCUAACUGAUCGACUACUUCAGAAUCAGCUAAAAGCAAGCGGACUACCAUGGACGUUGGCUAAAUGCUUCGACACAGCUUGCCCUGUGGGGCCAAUUCUUCCAUUGGAAUCACUACCGGCCGGUAUUUUAACUUCUCGCCAGGAAUUCCAAAAAGUAGAUAAUGAGAUUUGGUUAAAGGUAAACCAGUUGGAACGACAACGAUCAAAACUGAAUAUGAUGGUCUGGACACCAGCAGAUCUAGUAUCGAUAAUUACCAAGAGAAUCUCACUACAAUAUGGAGAUCUAAUUUUAACCGGUACACCUGCUGGUGUAGGGCCUCUGAAAUCUGGUGAUGAAAUUGAAGCUGGAUUGGAUGAUUUAUGUUCUAUAAAAUUUAGCGUAGAAUAACUGUAUCCUAACUGAAGUUGAUUGUCUUCGUAAAAUUAUUUAGUGCUCCAGUUUAUGUUUGCAAGACAUUGUUCUUAAAGCUGUUUAACGUACCUUUACAUUACGGUUGUUACUGUGUCAAGAUUAUACCUUAGUUACUGGA